CUCGGUAUUUUUGGCCUGUACACUGCCAAGUUGCUCAUCGACUUCAAGUUGAAUCAUCCCAAUGUGCAUACUAUGGGUAAUAAAUUCUGUCAUCGGUGAUUUUCAAACACCUGAGAUACUCUAGGCGAUGCUGGAUACAUUAUGUUCGGACCUGUGGCUCGGGAAGUGCUUGCCUUCGGAACUGUUUCUUUCGUUGUGUUUGGUUUGGGCUCUGGACUACUUUCCAGCCAGCAGGCACUGUCAACGCUUUCGAAUCAGCGCAUGUGUAGUAUGUAUCUGGUCAUCAUUACUGGCACCGUUGCUUUCUUGAUUUCACUACCACGGACACUGGAUCGCUUGGCAUGGAUGGGUGUUCUUAGUGCAGCAGUCAUUGCCGUAGCUGGUUUCAUUGCAAUGAUUGGAGCAGGGGUGAACCCAGUUCCCGGACGAUCUUUGACAGUAGCUGCCUCCAGUAACUUUUUCGAUGCUUUCUUGGCUGUCACAAAUCCUGUUUUUGCAUAUGCAGGACACUUCAUGUUCUUUAUUUUGAUAUCUGAGAUGCGCAAACCCGAGGACGCUAUGAAGGCAGCAUGGUGUCUACAGGACUUCGCUCCAGUAUUCUAUGUUGUUUUCAGCGGAGUCAUGUAUGUCUACAUUGGAAACACAGUCCAGUCCCCGGUCCUCUUUUCUCUUCCUCCGGUAUGGGCAAAGGCAGCGUUCGCCAUUGCUCUCCCAAAUUUCCUGUUGUCAGUGAUGCCUUGCUCUGCAAAGCUUGUGUUUGUUCGAUAUUUCGUCAUUCAGAGCACGUCCAUUCGCAUACCUUACUCGGGUGGACGGUUUGGACUCUGCUGUGUUUUGCAGGCUCAGCGCUCAGCUAUGGCUGCAAUUCUCGCCAUCGCAGUUCCGAUAUUUUCCUACCUAAUCGGCAUCACGGCAGCCCUCUUUGCCGCAUGGUACACGUACGGUUUGGCCGGAUGCUUCUGGUUGCAUGACGCAUAUCAUCUCGAGGGUGGCUUGGACGGGCUCAAACGACGACCAAUCGGGACCACACUCGCAGUGUUGACUAUUAUUUCCGGCACUUUCAUCUGUGUCGCUGGGACUUAUGUGUCGAUAAAGCUCAUCGCUGAAGCCUACGCCAAUGGCCAAGUUGGGAGACCGUUCGUUUGCUAG